AGUACCAUCUACACACACACACACACACACACACACACACACACCACACACUGACACACAUACAGACUUUAAACUAUGUACGAAUGUAAAAAAAAAGAGAAGCGCCACAAAAAUGACUGAUGUAAAUUGUUUUACAAGUGAGCUUACAACAACAACAACAACAACAACAACAGCAGCAAUAGCAACUUUAACCACGCCCACAAAAAAUGUACUGGACCAAUCGCCCACAUCGCCGUUUAUACUAAGAGCACCGCCCAGCGCCAAAUCCAAAUUAAUUUUACAGAACAUGGAGGAAGUGCUAAAUACGGUGAAGCAAAAGCAUCGCGAGAAGCACAAGCGAAAGCGCGAGGAGAAACGACGCGCCGCAAUGCUGGCGGAAGCGGAUACGGAACAAACAACAACAGCAACAACAACAACAACAACCAACGGCCGCCACGUGCUGCGCGAGAAAACGUCGCGGGAGAAUGGCAUUGGCCACCCCAAGCGCAAAUCCCAUGCAAGUCCCCUAAAGAGCAGCACUCCCCACGGCACGGAGCAACAGUCGUCCAUUAUGAAGCACUUUGCCAAGGCUGCAGCGCCCGCAAAAUCUGCUACCAAUGUGUUUGAGCUAAUGAUGAAUGCGCGCAAUCGUUCCCUGGGCACCAAUGCCAAUGGCCAGGCAGCAGUGGAGCCAGCCGAGGCGGAGGCCACAACCUCGCCGCCCCAGAGCAAACGCAGGCAGCUGCUGCAGGAGUGGAACGAACGCAAGGGCGGCGCCAAGCGUCGCCUGGCCGAGGAGGCACGUGAAGAGUACAUCGAGCAGCAAAUGGAGCAGCGCGCCAAGCGUUUGAAGAAAAUGCUGACGCAACCGGCGGCGCCGAGUGGGCCGAAGGAGUCGAGUGGCCAGGAGGCGCAGCCAGUCAAACGUUUGCGAGGACGUCCACGCACGCGGCGACCCAGCGCGGAUGUGGAUGCGCAGCUGCCGGUUAGUCCUCCCAGCGUCGAAACGGAGACUGUGCAGUUGCUGGCCAAGCUCUGCUCGCCCGUCAAGAAGCGCGACAGUCUGCUGGGCUAUUUUGCCAAGCUGGGGUCGCCACAAAAUGCGGCAGAAGCCGCAAAGCAGGAUGUGGAAACACUGGAGACGCCCAAGCGGCGGCCGCGUGCCAAGAAAUCCAUGUCCAAUACGCCAGCAAGCGUAGCCGAAACGACUUCAACAACACCUUCGGGUCGACCGCGACGCUCGUGUGCGACAAAAGCGCGCUACGACUAUGACCUAGAGCCGAGUCCCACCAAGGCGAAGCAAACGCCGGCGCCUGCAGCUGAUGACUCCAUAGAGAUCAUUGAAUUGGACACGAGCAAUCCGGCGGCAACGCCCAAGAAGCUGGCGCCUCUGUUCGUGCGGCAACUGCCCAAGCCCAGUCCAGAUCCGACAGUGUUGCGUGCACGCCAGGAAUUCCUGCACUCCGGCGUGCCGGAGAAGCUCAGGCAGGAACAGCAGCGCCAGCGUUGCUUUGACCAAUAUUACGAGGAGAGUUACGAGCUCUUUCCGCGCAUAGCACACGUGGGCGGCACGCGUCUGGAGGCAAGCCUCAGCGCGUCCCUGCAGCUGCGUCAGGAGGAGGAGGCGCAGCAGCAGCCGGCAAUAGUGCGUAAAACCAGUACGGGCAGCAUAACUGGCUGCACUGCAGCGGACUUUGUGCCGAGCAAGAGGAAGAAGAGCGUGUCCAGUUGGACGCCGCUGCCGCAGCUGGACAAUAAGCGCACGCUGGUCAAGAACUGGAAGAGCACCUUCGAACGUUUUCCCACCUUCAAGUGCUACAAUCAAAUGCGCGAAAAGUACAGACAUUUCAGCGCCAUAGACGCGGCGCAGGACACACAGCCGAUGGGUGAAUCAUUUGUGGUGACACGGCGCACACGACGCUCGCUCGAACAGCAGCAGGAGCAGCAGCGCGAGCAGGCCGAGGAGCACUUCCGGCCACCGGCAUUGGCGCCGAACGGCGAGCUGCUCUUCACGGAGAAGUACAAGCCGCUGCUGUUCGAGCAGGUGCUGGUCAAUCUGACGCCCGUGCAAGAGCUGCGCGACUUUCUGGCCAAUUGGCAUGGUGCUGGCGCUGGCCAGCGCAACUCGCAAACGCUCGACGACAACUCCUCCAUGGACUUUGGCAACGAUUCCAGCUCAAUGGGCGCCAGCUGCAAUACUAUGGUGUUGCUGGGUCCCUGUUCCAGCGGCAAAACCAAUGCCGUCUUCGCCCUGGCCAACGACAUGAACUUCAAUGUGCUGGAGAUAAAUGCGGGCAUGCGACGGACGGGCAAAAAGCUGAUACAGGAGCUGCAGGAGGCCACGCAGUCGCAUCAGAUACGCAAGGAGGCCAAGGCGGGCGGACAGCUGCUCCAAAAGCUGCAAAUGAACGGCCUGAAAGCGAAGCGCAGCCAGGGUGACGAAGAUGUGCGCAAAUCUCUCAUCUUGAUCGAGGAUGCGGACAUUGUUUUCGAUAAUAUCGAUGCAGGCUUUACGGACGCCAUCUACACGCUCGCCGCCAGCUCCAAGCGACCCGUCAUCAUAGUCGCCACCGAUCCCAACUGUGCCCAUUUGCAGCGUCUAAUGCAACAGAAUACGAUUAAGUUUCAGGCGCCGAAUGCGCUAAAUAUCUCACGUUUUCUGGCCGUGCUGUCGCUCAUGGAGAACUGUCCCAUUGAGCUGGACGAACUGAUAUCCCUCUAUCUGUACAAUCAUCAGAAUCUGCGCAAGACCCUCAUGGAGCUGCAGUUCUUCAUACAGAGCGGCGGCGAUGGACAGCGUAGCCGAGGCAGCUCGCAGCCGCCGCCCACCAGCAACUCGCCCAGCCGAUCGCCGCGCCUGUCCACGCUGUCUGGCGUCCAUAUACAUCAGCAGCUGUUCGAGUUCUAUACGACGGCACAGAAUGUGCGUCAUUUUGUGCCGUUUCCCGUUGACUUUCGCCUGCUGCGCCUCAAUCUGAACGAGCUGCUGCGCCAUUCGACGCUGCUGCAGCACACGCAAUCGCCGGGUGCGUCCGUGUCCAGGCGCAGCGCCAAACGCAAGUCGUGUUCACCAAAGAAGGCGUGGCUCAGCACAGCCACGCACAAUAAGAGCGAACCGCUCCAAACGCUGGCCACCUUCUAUGAGCAUCUGUCGACGGCCUCACUGCUGGAUGUCUCGGGUCUGGAGCGGAGCAAUGAUCGACUGCAGCCGCAUCUGGCCGAGCAGCUGGCGCACACGUUAGUCGAGUGUGCGGUCAGCACGUGUCUGGCAUCCAAAAACUAUGCCUACAAUCUGUUUGAUAAGCCGACGCAGCGUCUUAAUCUGAUGGAUCAAUUGGGGAGCAGUUGUCGGAGCAGCUGUGCCCGCGUCCUGGACUAUGAGCCGGCCAUGCGUGCGAUUUGUCGCAGCGAGAAGCAGCGCGCCGGAUUGGAGCGCCGGUCGAGUCGUUUCUAUCACUAUUUGCGGAAUCAUGCGUCGAACAGUGUGACCAGCUUUUCGACAGAACUAUAUGAGGCCGCCUGCCAGGUGCUGCAGGAGGAGCCGAAUGUGGAGCAGGAGCAGCCGCAGCCGCAGAGUACGUCCCAAGAUGUAGUCGAAUAAUAGUGCAAAUUCUAUGUUGGAAGAUUGGAGGUUGGAGUUCAUUCGGUGAUACGCCUCCCCCCCGCGACCGCCCUGCGCCCGCCCACACGAUAAGUGGCAAAUGGAAAAUUUAUUCAUAUUGCGUUACGCAACAAAACGUUGAUCUUUUUCUUAUUCUAGACGAUAUUAGUUAAUGACUAUAUGCCGGGCGCCCGCUGCUCUUCAGUUCUAGACAACUACACAAUAAUUAUACACUAAACGACCUGAGCUAUGUUAAUAAACAAA